AUGGCUCAGAAGCAAUUUAUCGCCAAUGAAGAGGUAGAACCUGUCAGCAGCCGGAGAGAAUUAGUUGCAAAGGAAUUCAAGGGUGCAAGAGGAUCUUUCCUAUACUGCCCGUGGUGUGUUACUUACUAUGGAGGUCAGUUGCAAAGACAUAUGACGAAGUCCUGCAAGGAAUGCCCCGUUCCAGACGAGAAGAGGAAUGAAGAAGCUGCUGCAUGUAUCAACAAGUUAAGGCAGUCAAUGGCCAAGUACCCGGCAAACAUGUUUUUUAACCCGUACCAGAUUGAGGAUAGGAUGUACACUAAGGCUGAAUUGUGCCACACGCUGGAGGUCUGGGGUCAUUCAGCAGUGCCGCAGCACAUGCAACAAAAGGUCGAGAUCAAGCCACUUUCGUUGGACCACGUCCAGUAUCAGUAUCGUGAAGCUGCUUCACAAGUGAAUAUCUCAUUGGAUGCGUAUAUACCGCCUUUGGUACGUCUGCCUACCGUGUCCGCAGAAUCUGCAAUGUCUGCUCACACUGCCACCAAUUUGAUACCGGCCGUAGGGGGUUUCAUACCAGAUCCGGACAACUCGACCAUGAAUACUGAAGAUUUAUCACGCGAAAUGGGCAUUGGCGGAUGGGUAGGCAAAGAAGAAGAGACCUUUAGCGACACCGGAAGUGCAAGAAGAAGAUUGGCCAUGACGGAAGAAGACGAGGAGGACGCAACAGCAACACCGCCUGAAGACAUCCUGGAUUAUUCUACAGAGGAAGCGGAGCAAGAAGACACCAUCAGGGAGACACCAAUGGACAAUUCUACGGAUAAAGAUGAUGAACCUACGAAACCCGUCAGCAGGAACAGCAAGAGAAUAAUUCUAAGCAGCCCAGAGGAUGUGACACCAAGGAAGAAGUCAGGCCCAAAGAAGUCUCCAUAUGGUUACAAAAGGACAUUAACCCGAUCACCUGGCCUUAGAACACCAAAGAAGAAUCUAAUGAACACCUACGAUUACACGGAUGGAACAAAAGGAAGGUUAAGCAAUGCUGGUUUUUACGCGGUUCCCAUUGGAUUUGAAAAACAAAAAGUCUUCUUAAAACUAGGGGAAUGGUACGCUAUGCAGGGGAAGUGCAACAAGGAGCAGUCGGUGAAAAACGUCGUUAGACUUACUUACUUGAUGGGACAAAAAGCUUCAAGAUUCAACAUAAGAAACAUUACCGUCGACAGAUACAUAAAGGCCAACGACUUUUUAAGAUCUCACAACGUUGACGUACAGACGCUCAUCAACUACAACAAAUGCAUGAAACACUUUUUAGAUUUCUACGUGAACGAUGACUACAUCAACCUGAAACAAGACGACAGGAGGGAAUACGACAGAGUUAAAGGAAUGAAAUACAAGUUUGGCCUAAUAUUCAAGCAACUAGAGAAAGAAGCAAGAGAUCGACAGAGACAAAAGAAGGCGACCGAACUCAACCCAGCGACACCGUACGAAGUACAGACAGUAUUGAGGGUGGCGAAACCAACAUUCGAGAAGUCCAUGGAGGCAUGCAAACAGAGGGUACUAUCUAAAGUUGAACUCGCGGAAGUUAACAGGUAUAUCGCGGCUUUCGUGUGCCUGGGGCAGGGCAAUUGGCCAUCGGUGGUAACUAAUGUAACAGCAGCAGAGUACCACACCGCAUCAAGUCAGGCUCCAAUAGUAAAACAAGGACAAAAAUAUUGGGUGGUGAUGGUGGGGAAACAUAAGACCGCUUUACAAUAUGACGCCAACAUUGUUUUGGACGAGUACUGGAAGGAGAAAUUUCAAUCUUACAACAAAUAUAUUAGGCAACAAAGAGGGCAGGCAAAGAACACAAAAAACGACAACUUCAUAUUACAACAUGACGGACAGCCAUUUGUUAAGGUAUCACAUGGACUAACACAACUACAUAGGAAGUACAAAUUGCAUCCAGAAUACACUGCCAACGACGCGAGGAAGAGUUUUGAAACGUACAGCUCGAGGUUAAACAAUGAUUUAAGGAAGAACAUUUCUAACUAUUUGGCUCAUUCAGAACACGUGGCGAACACACCCUACAGGGCACUGGGACAACACAAGGCGGUAGAGACGACAAUAACAAUGAAAGGGAUGUACCAGUAUUAUGCCAGACACGACCGAGAUGAACAUCCACAGGCAUACGAAUUGACGGCAGGCUCAGCAAUAGAAGGAGAAGGAGAAGUCGAACAACAGGAGCCACAAGAAGGGACCAGCACCGGCGGCGAAACAUCGCAAGGAGAUGAGACAGAGGAGACCAACGCGAACAACAUAGCCACACCACCCAGACAACCACCGAUUGCCCCCAAAACAGGCAAAACUACAAUCAUAAAGAAGACCAACGAAAUUAUGAAGGAACUGAUGGCGCAAUUCAAUGACGACCUAACGCAGGCUCAGAUACCUUCAACGACAGCAAUAAUGGACAAGUUCAACGUGAGGUCGGUCGACCAGGCCAAGCAAAUCAAUCGGAAGCUGCGGUACAAGAAGGAGGAGGCGUGGACUUUUUAUUUUGCGAAGAAGCAACUGACAAGGACAUCGAAGCAGAAGAGGAUUCCCGUUGCCCAGCUGAAAGAGGUUCCACAACCACCAACGUCGGAAGACAUGUAUGAGAAGUGCAGUAUUAAAAUCAACCCGAGCAAAGUACAGAAAAGGAUGACAGAAUUACUACGCCAACAGAAGACAGAUUUCAACCAGAGAAGCGAGGAGGGACUAAUGAUAUUCAUCGAGAAGCAGAACUGA